AUGUCUGACCGUUUCGUUGUUUUCGUUACAAUCGUUCCCAAGACUCCUGAGCAGCAGAAGGACGUGAUUCAGCUCCUUCACGAUGUUCGGCCCGCUUGGCUAGCACUCCCAGGUAGCCUGUCCCACGACGUGGGAACUGCCAGAGAUAGAGAUGAGCUGGGAACGGUCUACUUGACUGAAAUAUAUUCGUCACCACAAGGCCUCGCUGACUUCUCAAAAAUCCCAGAACAUGAUCAGAUGAAGGAGAAAUUGAUGCCAAUCAUCCAAUCAGACAAGUUGGUGAUUACUCAAGUGGUGACCAAUGGUGAAUUCUCAAAGUAG